AUGGACGAAGGCGCGCGCAUUCUGAACCGCGACGAGGUCAUGGACGGCGUGCCGGAGAUGCUGCCCGAAGUUCAGGUGGAGGCGACGUUCCCGGACGGCACAAACAAGCUGGUCCACCGUUCACGCUCGAUAUCCCGUGACCCCGGGCGAGAUCCUCAUCGCCGACGAAGACGGCGAACUGACCCUGAACGCCGGUCGCUCGCACCGGUGGAGGUCAGCGUCGCACACUGA